GUAAGUCAACGGAUGAGCUUCAUUUACAAAUAAUAUUACUCUCAGCGUCGGAAGUGGAUACAGUGUGCGUUUUUAACUUGCAAAUAAGCACUUCGAUAGCAUAUUACUGAAAAUACUGAAGAUUUUAUUCUCAGUGAUUACUUUUGAACGAAAAAAUAGAACAGUUUCUUUUCAGCUGAUAUUGUUCAAUGACAAAACAGAUCUAGUGUUUUAUUGAGUCCAACGAGUAAUGCAAGCUAAAAUGUAUUUUUUGGAAUAAAGGCGCAAGAAUACUCGACGUAACCUGAAUAGAAUUCUCAAUAUUUGGAUAUGUCGGAGACAUGCGCGGAUAAAGAAGACAUACUCGUCCGAAUAGAGCGUGCAUUUCCAAUAUUGAAUGAAAAGAUUCAGGAUGAAUGUACGGAGGAAGAGUUUGCGAGUUUGGUGGAAGACGUACGGAACCUGAAAUUGACGCAGUUCGUCGAGGACAUUGUUAUUCAUUACAUAGAGCAACAUAUACGUUGGUACGUGGCACCAGCAUUCUGGAAGAAGUUUGAGAGAACGGACGACGAUCAGUGGGGCUUUAAAUUAUUCAAGUCUGCCGUGGAUGACCUCUAUGCCAGUCUUACCGAGUUUCUAUCAGUCUUGAAAAAGUUGGAAUACUUAAGGCAGAAUGAGGACGGCACAAAUGUAUCGAACACCAGGAACAGUAUGGAGGUGCAAUUUAAACUAGUCGUGAGAGCAACAUUAUUGAGCCAGCUGCCUCUGCAUCACGAAUGUAUCGUAGAGCACUUUUACAAAAUCGCGUUCAAUGUAUUUUGUAAUUCGGAUAACUCGUCGCAAGCAGACACAUCGGCCAGCGAGAGCCAAUGUACGGGAUGCAACCAGAAGAUGGAGAACUGUCAAUGCCAGAUGAUAAUUUACAUGUUUCACGAGACCAAUCGGAAGCUGAUUGAACUGGAGCUGUUGGAGAGGCUCGUGGGAAACGUGCUCACAUCCCUGAUUCACGUUCGUAUCGAGAAUCAUGUCAGUCAAACGUGCGAUAAGACGUUCGACUUGUCGGAGUUGAUUCCGUUAGAGAAUUGGCUCGAGACCGUCGUCAUGAGUUGGCUGAUACGAAUAUAUUCCGGUGGUUUCGCGAAAACGGUAACGCUUACCGAUCAGGUCCGUAACGCCAUAAACAAGUUUAAGCAGAAAUUGUCUCACUUUCUGUACGAGACGUACACCAAGAUAAGGAUCGACCAUCUCUUCAACAUCAUAAUAGAAUAUCCCGAGUCGCAGCCCGCGAUCGACGAUCUGCGAGUUUGCCUGGAGAGGACCGAUCAGCGGAAGGUCCUGGUUAAGAAACUGCAGGAGGCGAUCAAAACGAGGCUGUUGCAUCCUGGCGUCAACACUCCGGACAUCGUGACUGCUUACAUCGCCGCGAUCAAGGCGUUAAAACACCUCGAUCCGACUGGGGUUUUAUUGGAAGCCGUAACGGAGCCUAUCAAGACUUACCUGAAGAGCAGAGAGGAUACCGUACGUUCGGUCGUUAACAGUUUGCUUGACGAUUCGCCGAGCGAAUUGGCUGACGAGCUGGUGAAAGGCGAGUGUCUGCAGUUGGACGACGGUUCGGCGGAAGACGAGGCCGAGGAUUGGGAGAAAUGGAUGCCGGACCCGGUCGACGCUGACCCCGCUAAAUCAACGCAGCGCAAGGUAUCCGACAUCAUCUCGACGCUGGUGAACGUUUACGGUAGCCAGGAUCUGUUUGUGAACGAGUACCGUACUCUGCUGGCGGACAGGCUGCUCUCGCAACUCAACUAUCACACCGAACGCGAGAUACGUCACUUGGAAUUGUUGAAGAGACGCUUCGGUGAGAAUCAGUUGCAUUAUUGCGAAGUCAUGCUGAAGGACGUCUACGACUCGAAAAGGAUAGACGGCAACAUCCACUCGGACACCAGUUACAAUCUGCAACGGGAACUCUUCCCCACCUCUGCGCUGAUCCUAUCGGCGCAGUUCUGGCCGCCGUUCAAAGAGGACUGGAAACUGAAACUGCCGAGUAUCGUGCAGAAUCAGUUGAACAAGUACGUGAAGGCAUUCGAAGCGUUGAAAGGGAACAGGACGCUCUGUUGGAAGCCCCACUUGGGAAACGUCAGCUUGGAGAUCGAGCUGAAGGACAGGAAGCUCGACAUAAGCGUCACGCCGGUACACGCGACGAUCAUCCUGCACUUUCAAGACAAGAGUGAAUGGAUCCUGCAAGAUCUGGCGGAGGCGAUGCACGCUCCGGCGACCGUCUUGCGGCGCAAGAUGGCAUUCUGGGUGUCGCAAGGCCUCCUCAAGGAGACGUCCAACGACGUGUACGUUCUGCAGGAGGAGAGCACGUCCAAGAAUCGCUUGUCGACCGACACCGUCGUCGAAGAGGAGGAAACUGAGAGCGUCAUGGCUUCGGCCAGCGAUCAGAGGGAAGAGGAGCUGCAAGUGUUUUGGUCGUACAUCGUCGGGAUGCUGACGAACCUGGACUCGAUGCCGAUAGAGAGGAUUCAUCAAAUGCUAAAGAUGUUCGCGUCUCAGGGGCCGGGCGCGGUAGAGUGUGGUUUACCGGAAUUGAGACAGUUCCUGGAUAGAAAAGUCAGAGAACAUCAACUGUUGUUCACUGGUGGCUUCUAUCGAUUACCAAAGUCUUAAAUUUUUCCCGCAUGGAUUCCAUACUCAGCGGAAUAAAGUUUUUAUUAUUAAUCUCGAUUAUAAACAAGCAAACAGAUUGAAGAAAUGAGACAGGGAAUGAUAGGGAAAGAGUGAGUGCGUGUAUGUGCGGUCUGGAAUGGAGGAAUGAGUGGGUUAAGAUAUUUUUUGUAAACCAAGUCCCUUUCUUGGCUGUAGAAACUGGAAGAAUAAACGGAUUGAUUGAU